AUGUGGUGGAUAUUUGAAUUCAUAUAUCGAUUAUUUUUCCCUAAUAAAAAUAUUAAAUUAGAAACCGAAGAAAAAUCUGCACAAAUUGCAAAACUUUGUUCAGAAGUUCAAGAACAGACUUCACUAAUCGAAAAACUUGAACGUGAUAUUCGAAAAUAUCAAGAAUCGUUUUAUAAUUUACACAAAGAUUAUGAAAACUGCAACAAAUCAUUGCAAGACGAAAAGGAAGAAAAUUUAAAAUUACAAAAUUUGAUACCUACACUAGAGCAACGGAUCAUACAUCUUGAAAAAGAAAUUUUAACUUAUUAUAAACAAAACGUAAAUUUAAAGGAAGAGGCAUCUAAAUAUCAAUUGGCGCUGGGAAACGCAACAAAUUUUAGAUUCAGUGAUGACGAUCCGAAUAAUACCGUUCAUCUUAAGAAUGAUAUUGAAAAUUUGCAAUUAAUGAUUGAAGAUUAUGUGACUAAUUUAAAAAAUGGUGUAAAUAUAAAUUUUGAAAAUAUCAAAGAACUUUUACAGCGUUAUACUUCUAGAUCACAAACAUCAAACAGAUGCUUAAUCAAAGCUGUCUUACAAUGUCAUGUCUUAAAACAAAUUCUAUCAUUCGCUGAAGAAAGCACAUCUGAUCUUGAAUCAAGUAUUAUUAGUAAAACUGACGACCUGAUUGAGCAAAUUGAGAGUUUCUCUGAAAAACGUGUCGGUUCAGAUGUUUUCACUCGAGUAGCACCUAUAAAAUUACGUCAGCAGGUUUACGUUAUACUAGGUUAUCGUGGAUAUGCCAAUGAAUGUGAGCAUAAACGACAUCCAUCUUUAUCGAUAUUUCACCAAGAACUCAAUAAAACAAUGAGUAAAUAUCGCUUAAUUACCGAUCCUAAUAAGAAAAUCAGCGUAGAAGAAAAAGCUGGAAAAUUGAUUCAAGAAGUAUUUAGGAUAUUCAAAUUUCGUUUCAAGGUUCAGGAACCAGUUAUUGAAAUGUUAUGGAUUGAUCCUGGUACAGAGAUAAAGAAAGAGUAUAUGGAAAUGGAUUAUGAUGAUAAGAAUUAUAAUGAUGCCUUGGUCGAUAUCUGUUUUUUCCCCUUGAUUGGAAAGGAUUUAAAUAAUGUUAAACGCAAAGUAAUUACUCGUGCCAAAGUCUUUCCAUUUAUCCAAGGUUGA